AUGACAGUCGAUACAGAGUAUUUUAAGAGAGCUUGGGAUCACUCAAGUGAAGAGGAGAUCUCAUUAAAGCAGAUUUAUGCUUAUCUAUUUAAUUUUUUUGGAAUUACUGAAUAUAGGGUAGAUGACAUACUUGAUAGGAACAAUUUCGUUGGGUCGCAAGCAUCAAGCAAGGAAUUUAUACAUGGCCAACAAAUUAAAGAGCUGUUGUCUGAUAUAGAGAGAGAUAAUGGGAAUUAUGGCAUCGCAGUUUCUGAGAGCUUAAAGAAACCAUACAAAGCUUUGGGUGGAUUCGAAUCCUUGAGACGUCAAAUAUCGACUGGAAAUUUUAUUGAUAGCUCGCAAGUUUUCUCUGGCAAAAUUGCCGAGUCACAUAAGGCACUUGAAAAGGUAGAUCGUUAUGCUUCGUUUCUUGCAUUUCUUUCCGUUCUUAGGAAUGAUUCCUUUGACAUUUGUAUAAACCGAUUUUUCGUUGCUAGAAAAAAGAAAGUAGAUGAUACCCUCGAAAUGGUUGCGAAAAAUUUAAACUGGAGAAUAAACUCUCAUCCUGUUGAUAAAUGGGUUUUUGGAGGUGAUGCGGAGGCCUUCUUUGAAGGAGACAGUCAUGAAUUUAUCGAGGCUUUCAAAAUUAAUCAAGCUUUUCUUCGUGGAAGAGAUAAAUUGGGACGCCCAAUUGUGGUCAUCCAUGUCAAAGACCAUUUUGGCAAAAAUUGUCCGGAGAGAGAUUUCGAAAAAUUUAUUUGUGUAAUAAUAGAGUGGGUACGACUCGAGCUUAAGCCAAUCCAACAAGGCGUUGAUAAAGGAUGUAUUCUAUUUGAUAUGACUGGGUUUACGCUUAAGAAUGCAGAUCUAGCUGCAGUUAAAUUUUUGGCAACUGCAUUUGAAGCUAAUUAUCCUGAAUGUUUAGGGGCUAUCUGGAUACACAAUGCACCAUGGAUUUUUAACGCAGUAUGGAAAGUAAUCAAAGGUUGGUUAGAUCCCGUUGUAGCUUCUAAAAUCCAUUUUACUAAUAGCUGUAACGAUCUUGAAAGUUUUAUUGACAGGCAAUUUAUACCUAAAGAGCUAGGUGGCGAUGAUACUUUUGUUAUGAAAUACAAAAAUCCAACCACUGAGGAUAGUUUUGAAAAGCCAAGGGGAGAGGAAUACAGGAAAUUAUUGAAGCAAAGAACGUUUUUAAUAUUAUCUUAUUUUCAGGCAACCAUUAAUUGGUUGGAAUCCAAAACAAUUCAAGAAUCUGAUCAACUCUUGGAAAUUAGAAUUAAAUUGGGCAUCAAAUUAGCCAGCAAUUAUGUUAAGAUUGACCCCUUCAUUCGUAAGAGGGGUAUUUUUGAACGUAUCGGUGAAAUGGGAGCUUUAGGAUACUAA